AUGGAAUCGGGCAAAGGAAAACCGAACCGUAAAAAGACACCACUUAAUAAUCCAAUCGAAGUUGCGACUACAAUAUGGUUUCAAUCCAACGUAUAUCCACAGCAGCCACAGUUGCAUCUGUAUGAACUUACCACCCAGAUCCCCAGAAGAUGGACUGUAUAUGAGCCGAUGGUAUUACUUCCGACGGGCUCUUUCGAUGGUAUUAUAUGGAAACAGAUUUUUCUAAAUUUGUCAGAUGAUCAAGUGGGCGCACUUUGGACUCAAAUCUUGGCGGAAAUUUCGAAAAGAACUGGAGGGGUAAAGUUAACUCACCUAGCUGUCAAUGAAGGAAUUCCUGCGACUCAUCACUCCGAUUUAUCGGACGAGCGUACCCAGGGUGAUAGCGAUAUAUCAGAGGAGCGAAAGCCCGAGGAGAAUAUACUACGCAGCCCAACUGGUCUUCGGAUGCUUCAAGGGGACUUUGGCUCUGCUUCUAUCGAUAAUACAGCGCCAGACUUCGAGCAAGCUUUCUGGGUAUCUACAAGACAGAAUGGUGUCUUUCAAACAUGGACGCCACGGUGGACUAUGUUUAGUCGAGGGAAUAUCAAAGAAAAAGCGCGACUACUUGAUUUUCACGACAAUAGAACGAUAUCAUUGGAUGAUGCAUGGGCGAUUGAUUUAUAUGCAGGGAUUGGUUACUUCACCUUCUCAUAUGCAAAGUUAGGCAUGCGAGUUUUGUGUUGGGAAUUGAACCCUUGGAGUGUUGAAGGUUUGCGCAGAGGUGCCAAACGAAAUGGAUGGUCGGUAAAGGUUGUGAAGGAUGAAUACGAUCUUGCGCUGCCGAUGAAAAAGUUAGUGAGUGGUGGAGAGCAAAUCAUAGUGUUUCUCGAAGACAACAAACAUGCCGUGAGAAGGAUUAAGGAACUUGAAGAUCUAAAUAUCCUACAUGUUAAUUGUGGUCUAUUACCUAGUAGUGAUGCGUCUUGGAAGGACGUUUGGGAUAUUGCUGCUUCGAACAAAAGCGAAGAGGCAUGGCUUCAUCUACAUGAAAAUGUAGGGGUGGCGGAUAUUGAAAAACGGAAAGAGGAAAUCGAACAGUAUUUUGAAGGACUGAUGCGCGAGGAUGGAGGUCAUAAAACAGCCCAUGUAGAACAUACGGAACUGGUCAAGACCUUUGCACCAGGGGUUCGGCAUUGCGUAUUCGAUCUGCAUAUUAAUAAAUCUACUAGUAUAACAUAA